GGAAAUUUAAUUUGGGUCAGGAUUCGUCAACUUCAUCUCUGUAAAAAGGACAACCCUUUAUUAUUUACAUAACGACACCACCUCUUAAGUUGUAUAGAACCUUCUCCUGCUGUACCAACUCAUGCAACAAGGUCAAUCAAUCAUUGUCCUUCAUAAGAAUCAAGACUACAGAUAAUCGUUCAUCAUCAUCUUUCCACCAUUUUAAUUUCAAAGAUCAUUUACCAACUGGGGUUCGUUCAGAAAUGGUCGCAUUAAGGAUCAGACGCCUGCAAUUUCUACUGGGUUAGCGAGCAGCACGCCUCUGCAGUUCCUUUUUCGAGAAAAAGGGAAAGGGUGACCAAAAAUUGAAGAAAGAGAAAAAGGAAAUCAAGAUUGUUUAUUAUUUGCUGCUGUUGCGGUUAAAGAGGGAACUGUUUCGAAUUCGAACAAAGGAGUGAAUUUCUAGCACUAAUCCAAAGUUUCUAGUGCCAGAGACCCAUUAAAAAUGGAGAAAUUAGACGAUUUUGAAGAGACCUCUGAUUUGGGAUUUGAGUCAUCAACGAUUUCUUCAUUGGAUCAAGGAGCAGAUGAUCAUGAUCAUGAUCAUGAUGAAUCACCUACAGUCAAUUCAACACUCAGUGGCAAUUCUUUUGCUUACUAUAGAACUAACUCAGAGACUUCAGCUUUCUCCGAGCAAUUAACAGAUGACAAUAACAGCUGUUCAUCGGAGACACAGUCUCCGGUCAGCUGGCCGGCCACCGGAAGAUCCCCUUACAGGCCAGCCCUCUCAAGAUUUGGUCUAGUGAAGCCCAACCAUAAAUUUGAAACAGAAGAUAAACCCGAGAGUCGUGAACCUAUGGAUUUAGAGCUUGAAAUGAUGAAAGAGAGAUUUUCAAAGCUUUUGCUGGGAGAAGACAUGUCUGGAAGUGGUAAAGGAGUUUCAACUGCAGUUACCGUGUCUAAUGCCAUCACAAAUCUUUAUGCUUCUAUGUUUGGUCAACACCAAAAGCUGGAGCCUUUGCAUCCUGAGAAAAAGAUGAUGUGGAAAAGGGAGAUGAACUGCUUACUUUCUGUUUGCGAUUACAUUGUAGAGUUCAUUCCUUCAUCACAUAGUUUACAGAAUGGAAAAGCCAUGGAGGUGAUGUCUAGUCGGCCAAGGUCAGAUAUUUAUAUAAACCUUCCAGCAUUAAAGAAACUUGAUGCGCUACUCUUAGAAAUAUUGGAAAGUUUCAAAGAAACAGAGUUUUGGUAUGUGGAACAAGGAAGCAUGUCAAAUAACUCCCGAACGGGAUCAUUCCGGAGGAUUCCUCAGCCUCAGAGAAAAGACGAAAAAUGGUGGUUGCCGGUUCCUUGUGUGGGCUCCGAAGGUCUCUCCGACACCGCCAGAAAACAUUUAAGACAAAAACGUGAUGCCGCCAAUCAAAUCCACAAGGCGGCAAUGGCCAUCAAUAGUAGCAUUCUCGCCGAAAUGGAAAUACCACAUACAUAUAUCACUUCCCUCCCCAAGUGUGGAAGAACAAGUGUAGGGGAUACGAUAUACCGAUAUAUGACAUCCGGGGGGAAAUUUUCACCGGAAUACCUUCUUGAUUGUCUUAACAUAAGCUCGGAACAUGAAGCGCUUGAGUUGGCGGAUCGAGUCGAGGCAUCUAUGUAUACAUGGAGGCGUAAAGCGUGUGCAAGUUAUUCAAAAUCAUCAUGGGAGAUGGUUAAACAACACGUGGCGGAAGUAGAACGGAGCGAUAAGAAUGUGAUUUUAGCGGAUCGAGCCGAUAGUUUGUUGUUUAGCUUGAAACAACGGUACCCCGAACUCUCGCAAACGACAUUGGAUACAAGCAAGAUUCAAUAUAACAAGGAUGUGGGACAAGCUAUAUUGGAAAGCUAUUCAAGGGUACUGGAAGGUUUGGCAUUCAACAUUGUUGCUUGGACUGAAGAUGUUUUAUUUGAAGACAAAUCCAUGAGAAACCAAGAAUCAUAAGGCCUUGUUUUGAAGACAACUUCAAUCUUUCGUUUGCCUCUUUUUGUGCUCUCUUUUUUUUCUUCAUGUAAAUGACACUUGAAAAGUUAGGAAGUAGAUGUAAAAGUGGUUUGACUGGAGUUAACAGUAAUGGGUAGAACCUUUUUGCCAACUAAAUUGAUCAAAUUCAAAUUCGUAUA